AUGGUUAAAAUUAUAGAAAUCUACCAAGCGAACGCUAGCUUCGGCAAAAACAAUCACAAUCCCCAAGGUCUCAUAUGUGUAUUCGCCGGAGCAACAAGCAACAUCAGUUCCUCUACUCUCGAGGCACGAGCAAAGGUAUUGCAAUACCCUACUUUCUACGUGCUGGGGAGAUUAGCAACGAGAUUCGCUACUCAAUGCGAAAAGCUCCUCAGUCUAACCCCAGAAUUAAAGCUCGCGUUUCUCGAAGUUAAAACUUCGUCACUCUCCGGUAUUGAUACUGCUUGUAAGCAAAUUUUGAAUGCUGAAGAACAAGUGGAUUAUUCGUAUAGAAUGUACCACAGUGUAUGCAACCUCGUCAACUCAUUUCUUCUAUUCAAUCUACACGAAAGAAAGUCUGAAGUUCAAUUUAACUUAAAAGUAAAUCUACCUAGAACAGAGACGUCUAGAAAUGACUUUCGCCCUGUCGUACCAUACACAAAUGCGACUCCUACUAAUCUUCUUCCAUUACUACGCUGUUCUUCGCAUCCACGUGUUUUGAGCGUCCUCAAUGCAGGACAAGAACUAAAAAUGCAGGUUGAAGAUGUCGGUCUUCAGAAUCCUGAAAAAUGUGGCCCUCGCAUAGCUAUUAACCAUAUACCACGAUGA